CAUCUUAUUGUCAGUGAAUGAUGGCGGAGCUGGGUGGCUUGUCAUCAUUCUCGAAAAUUCUGAGGCUAGUGAGCUCUCUCUCCCUCUCCCACUCGCCUUAUUUUCCUUUUCGCCACUGCGGGGACUUUUUCUAAUUUGCAGCUUCCCUUUCCCCGACACACACAGACAGGAGCUGGUGGCUUGCAGACUGCGUCUGUCUGGAGCUAGAGAGCUAGAGCCAGCCCGUAGAGAUAAUGCUCCGGGAGAAGGAUUCUGCAGCAAUCCUCAAAGGCUAGACUUGGGUGGUAUCGCUGCAUAUUCACUGUAGAUUCUUCAGCUUGUUGUCUCUAACCGAAGAAACAUUGAUUGGGAACUACUCAUUCAGAAAAUUAAAAGAAAGAAGCCAGAACAUAUUAUUAACCCUUUGAGAAUACAACAUAACGAAUUUUACCAUUUUACUACUUCCUUGAGUAGAAGAGGUCACAAGGUGUAGAAGAAUGGCAGAUGAUCGGAAAGAUGAAGCAAAGGCGCCUCACUGGACCUCAGCUCAACUAACAGAAGCAUCUGCACAUCCACAUCCACCUGAGAUUAAGGACCAAGGCGGGGCAGGGGAAGGACUUGUCAGAAGUGCCAAUGGAUUCCCAUACAGGGAGGAUGAAGAGGGCGCCUUUGGAGAACAUGGGUCACAGAGCACCUAUUCAGAUACCAAAGAGAAUGGCAUCAAUGGAGAGCUGACCUCAGCUGACAGAGAAACAGCAGAGGAGGUGUCUGCAAGGAUCGUUCAAGUAGUCACAGCUGAGGCUGUAGCAGUCCUGAAAGGUGAACAAGAGAAAGAAGCUGAACAUAAAGUCCAGCCUGCAGCUCUGCCUUUAGCAGCUGAAGAGACACCUAAUCUGCCUCCUUCUCCACCUCCGUCACCAGCCUCAGAACAGACUGUCACAGUGGAGGAAGAAGAAGAAACGCUAGAGGGAACAAUGGCUGAGGAAGAGAAACCUGCCACUCUUCCUGGGAAAGAGUGCGGGGCUGCCAAGGCCUCAGACCACCCCAAGGGCCUCAGUGAGGGCCAAGUGGAGUCUAGUGCGGAGGCCCAAAUAGUUCCUGAAGAGAGUGCCCCAGCAGGGGCCCCACAGGAGAAAAGUGUAAAAGAGGUCUCGGAGGUGUCUCCAGAAGUAAAAAUCCCUUCCUCUGCUGGGGAAGGUUUACUUCCAGCCUCGAAGAUGGAGUUCCAUGAUCAGCAGGAAUUGACUCCCUCCCCAGCUGAGCCAUUGGACAAGAAGGAAAAGGAGUCAGAGGAACAAAGUAAGCCUGGUGAAGACCUUAAACAUGCUGCCUUAGCUUCUCAGCCUGAGACGACUAAAACUUCCCCUGAUAAAAAGGACACGCAAGGCACAGAAGAAGAAAAAGCACCCACUGCUCUGUUUGGGCACGCUCUUGGUGCCGGGCUGGAAGACAUGAAACAGAAGACAGAACCCAGCCUGGUGGUGCCUGGUAUUGACCUCUCUGCAGAGCCCCCAGCUCCAAAAGAGCAAAAGGACUGGUUCAUCGAAAUGCCAGUAGAAGCAAAAAAAGAUGAGUGGGGUUUAGCUGCUCCCAUAUCACCUGGCCCCCUAACACCCAUGAAGGGAAAGGAUGUGUUUGAGGAUAUCCCCAAAUGGGAAGGGAAACAAUUUGAUUCUCCCAUGCCAAGUCCCUUUCAGGCUGGAAGCUUCACUCUUCCUUUAGAUGUCAUAAAGAAUGAAAUAGUUGCAGAAGCAUCACCCUUUGCCCCUGCCCUAUUGCAGCCAGAUGACAAGAAAUCUCUGGAAGAAACCAGUGGCCCAGUGACUGCCAAAGAUAGUUCUAAAGCUGAAGAGCCUCAUAAGGAUAAACCCGACAAAAUGGCAGAAGCACCAGCCUCAGAAGCAAUCACCUUACCCAAAGAUGCCCACAUUCCAACUGUGGAAGAAUAUGUCCCAGAGAAAGUAUUAGGAGAAGAAAAAGUGGCGAUAAAGCAAGAGAGUGUGCAGAAAACAGAGAUCUCAACCCUCAGUGGACAGGAAGCUACACUUGCUGAAAAGGAGUCUCAGCUAAAGCUUGAAGAAAAAACGACCAUCUCUGACAAAGAAGCCAUGCCAAAAGAGAGUGAGCCCGCCAAACUGACAGAUGAAGAAACAGGCAUAAUUCAGCCCUCCGUGGAGCACAUCCUCUCGAAAGAACAGAAAGGCCAAGACACUACCACAGAUACACUAAAACAGGACUCAUUCCCUGUAAAUUUGGAGCAAACAGUUACAGAUUCAGCCAUGACCUCCAAGACACUGGAGAAAGUCAUGACUGAACCAGCUGCAGUAAGUGAACAGAGUGCAACCCAGGACCUUUUUCAAGAAAAAGUUGCUGAUAAAGAUCAUAAGGUUGAAGGGGUUGGGGCUGAAACGUCAGCUGAGCUUGACAUGCCAUUUUAUGAAGAUAAGUCAGGAAUGUCCAAGUAUUUUGAAACAUCUGCCUUGAAAGAAGAAGUGACAAAAAGCAUCCAGCCAGGCAGUGAUUACUAUGAACUAAGUGACACAAGAGAAAGUGCCCAAGAGCCUUUUGAUACCGUAUCUCCUGCAUAUAAAAACGGUGACAAGGGACUCCAGGCAGGUAAAGAACCCCAGCCCAGUGCUCCAGCACAAGAAGCAGGGUAUAGCACUCUUGCCCAGAGUUAUCCAUCUGAGGUGCCUGAAGAACCCAGUUCUCCUCAAGAAAGAAUGUUUACUAUUGAUCCAAAAGUGUAUGGGGAGAAAAGGGAUCUCCACAGUAAGAAUAAGGACGACUUGACAUUAAGCAGGAGUUUAGGACUUGGUGGAAGGUCUGCAAUAGAACAAAGAAGCAUGUCAAUCAAUUUGCCCAUGUCUUGCCUGGAUUCCAUAGCCCUUGGAUUUAACUUUGGUCGGGGACAUGAUCUUUCUCCUCUGGCUUCUGAUAUUCUAACGAACACUAGCGGAAGUAUGGACGAAGGGGAUGAUUACCUUCCAGCCACAACCCCUGCACUUGAGAAAGCCCCAUGUUUCCCAGUAGAAAGCAAAGAGGAAGAAGAACAGGUAGAGGGAGAAAAAGCUACCGGAGAGGAAAACGCUCAAGUUGAGACAUCGUGUGAGUCACCUUUCCUAGCCAAAGAUUAUUACAAAAAUGGCACUGUCAUGGCCCCCGACCUGCCUGAAAUGCUAGACCUGGCAGGCACAAGGUCAAGAUUAGCCUCUGUGAGUGCAGAUGCUGAGGUUGCCAGGAGGAAAUCAGUCCCAUCAGAGACUGUGGUUGAGGAGAGUAGCGCCGGCUUGCCCCCUGUCACUGAUGAAAACCAUGUCGUUGUUAAAACAGACAGUCAGCUGGAAGACCUGGGUUACUGUGUGUUCAAUAAAUACACUGUCCCACUGCCAUCACCUGUUCAAGACAGUGAGAAUCUGUCAGGGGAGAGUGGUUCCUUUUAUGAAGGCACUGAUGAUAAAAUGCGAAGAGAUCUAGCCACAGACCUUUCGUUGAUUGAAGUAAAAUUGGCAGCUGCCGGCAGAGUCAAAGAUGAGUUUGGUGCUGAGAAAGAAGUGUCCCCACAUAUCCCUGGUGACAAAUCAGUACUGGGUAGGGAGUUUGAUCAGGAGAGGAAAGCUAAUGAUAAGCUGGAUACUGUACUAGAAAAGAGCGAAGAACAUGCUGCUGCAAAAGAACAUGCCAAGGCAACGGAAGAGGCCAGUGAUAAAGUCGAAACAUUUGGAUUAGGAGUAACCUACGAGCACCCUUCGACCAAAGAACUGACCGUAUCAAAAGACACAUCACCUCCUGCGGCUGAGAAAGCUGAGACCGGUCUUAGUUCAGUCCCAGAGAUAGCUGAGGUGGAACCGUCCAAAAAAGCUGAGCCAGAACUGGAUGUCAUUGCACAGAAAGCUGACCAGGGUCAAUUAGAUGUUAAAAUCAGUGACUUUGGGCAGAUGGCUGCAGGACUGACCACAGAUGCUGGAAAAGCAACAGAACUCCAACUCGAAGCUACACAAGAUCUCACCCCCUCAUCUGCAGUACCUCAGGAGGGAGAUAUGUUUCUGAGUGUUGAUCCUGGCCACAUGAAAGAAGGCACUAAAACCAGUGAGACAGAAAUCAAGGAGAAAGUGGCCAAGCCUGACUUGGUGCACCAGGAGGCUGUGGACAAAGAAGAGUCCUACGAGUCCAGUGGUGAGCAUGAGAGCCUCACCAUGGAGUCUUUAAAAGCUGAUGAGGGCAAGAAGGAAACAUCCCCAGAAUCCUCUCUAAUUCAAGAUGAGAUUGCCAUCAAAUUGUCAGUGGAAAUACCUUGUGCACCUGCUGUUUCAGAGGCUGAUUUAGCCCCAGAUGAGAGAGCUGAUGUCCAGAUGGAAUUUAUUCAGCAGCCAAAAGAAGAAAGCAAAGAGGCCCCAGAUAUAUCUGUCACUCCCUCCGAUGUCACUGAGCCAUUACCUAAAGCCAUCGGGGCUGAACCAGCAGAGGCUCAGAGUGAGGAAGAAGAGAUAGAAGCCCGGGGAGAAUAUGAUAAACUGCUCUUCCGCUCAGACACCCUUCAGAUUACCGACCUGGGAAUCGCAGGUGUCCGGGAGGAAUUUGUGGAGACCUGCCCCGGUGAGCACAAAGGAGUGAUCGAGUCCGUGGUAACCAUCGAGGAUGAUUUUAUCACUGUAGUGCAAACCACAACUGAAGAAGGGGAGUCAGGUUCCCACAGUGUGCGUUUUGCAGCCCUAGAGCAGCCUGAGGUGGAGAGGAGACCGUCCCCCCACGCCGAAGAAGAGCUCGAAGUAGAAGAGGCAGCCGAAGCCCAGGCAGAACCCAAGGAUGGCUCCCCGGAGGCUCCAGCUUCCCCUGAGAGAGAAGAGGUUGCCCUCUCAGAAUAUAAGACGGAAACCUAUGACGAUUACAAAGACGAAACCACCAUUGAUGAUUCCAUCAUGGAUGCUGACAGCCUCUGGGUGGACACUCAAGAUGAUGAUAGGAGCAUCAUGACAGAACAGUUAGAAACUAUUCCUAAAGAGGAGAAAGCUGAAAAGGAAGCUCGGAGACCAUCUCUUGAGAAACAUAGAAAAGAAAAGCCUUUUAAAACCGGGAGAGGCAGAAUUUCCACUCCUGAAAGAAAAAUAGCUAAAAAGGAACCUAGCACAGUCUCCAGAGAUGAAGUGAGAAGGAAAAAAGCAGUUUAUAAGAAGGCUGAACUUGCUAAAAAAACAGAAGUUCAGGCCCACUCUCCCUCCAGGAAAUUCAUUUUAAAACCUGCUAUCAAAUAUACUAGACCAACUCAUCUCUCCUGUGUUAAGCGGAAAACGACAGCAACAGGUGGUGAAACAACUCAGGCUUCCAGUGUAUUUAAACAGGCAAAGGACAAAGUCUCUAAUUCUACUUUGUCAAAGAUUCCUGCCUUUCAGGGUAGCUCAAAAUCCCCAAGAUGCAGCUCAGCCUGCCUUAGUACGUCUAAAAGGGCUACAUUUUCUGACAGUUUUUCAAUAAAGCCCACCUCAGCAGGCUCCACAGACCGUUUGCCAUUCUCAGAAUCAGGGAACAAGGAUGGAGUAACCAAGAGCCCAGAAAAGCGCUCUUCCCUGCCCAGGCCCUCCUCUAUCCUCCCUCCUCGCCGCGGUGUAUCAGGAGACAGAGAGGAGAAUUCCUUCUCUCUCAACAGUUCCAUCUCCUCUUCAGCAAGGAGGACCACCAGAUCAGAGCCAAUUCGCAGAGCAGGAAAAAGUGGCACUUCCACACCCACCACCCCUGGAUCAACCGCGAUCACUCCUGGCACCCCACCAAGCUAUUCUUCACGCACACCAGGCACUCCUGGAACCCCUAGCUAUCCCAGAACCCCUCACACACCAGGAACCCCCAAAUCUGCCAUCUUGGUGCCCAGUGAGAAGAAAGUUGCCAUCAUACGUACUCCUCCAAAAUCUCCUGCUACUCCCAAGCAGCUUCGGCUUAUUAACCAACCACUGCCAGACCUGAAGAAUGUCAAAUCCAAAAUCGGAUCAACAGACAACAUCAAAUACCAGCCUAAAGGGGGGCAGGUUAGGAUUUUAAACAAGAAGAUCGAUUUUAGCAAGGUUCAGUCCAGAUGUGGUUCCAAGGAUAACAUCAAACAUUCUGCUGGGGGCGGAAAUGUACAGAUUGUUACCAAGAAGAUAGACCUAAGCCAUGUGACAUCCAAAUGUGGCUCUCUGAAGAACAUCCGCCACAGGCCAGGUGGUGGGCGUGUGAAGAUUGAGAGUGUAAAACUGGAUUUCAAAGAAAAGGCCCAAGCUAAAGUUGGCUCACUCGACAAUGCUCACCAUGUACCUGGAGGUGGUAAUGUCAAGAUUGACAGUCAAAAGCUGAACUUCAGAGAGCAUGCUAAGGCCCGUGUGGACCACGGAGCUGAGAUCAUCACGCAGUCCCCAGGCAGAUCCAGCGUGGCAUCCCCCCGACGACUCAGCAAUGUCUCCUCCUCUGGAAGCAUCAACCUGCUCGAAUCCCCUCAGCUUGCCACUUUGGCCGAGGAUGUCACUGCUGCACUCGCUAAGCAGGGCUUGUGAAUAUUUCUCAUUUAGCGUUGAAGUAAUAAUAUUUAGGCAUGAGCUCUUGGCAGGCGUGGGCUCUGAGCAGGUGUUAUAUUCAUUCUUUACAAACCAUAAAAUAAAUAAUCUCAUUCCCAAACUGUAGUAAUUGUUACAAUUUUAUAAAAAAAACAAUGAAUAGUAUAUGCAGAAAUUGACUUGAUUUCCAUUUGCAACAGGAAGACACUGGCUUUACAUGAGUACAGUUGGACAAUUAUUUUUGCUCUGCUCUGUUUUGCAUGGAGUAUUAUUAUUUUAAAACUUGCAUUUUUACCUUUCAUGUGCCUGAAGGCUAUCCAUACAUUCUGAAAGGCCUUGUUGAAAUCCAAGCUGCUCAUUUCACUAUUCUGUUGCUGGGUGAAAAGAUAAAAGCUGCCCAUUUUAACUUAUUACAGGUUAAAUUAAAUCAAGGAGUCUGAUUGCAGGAAGGAAAGAGCAUGUAAGAAAUAAGUUGUUGUUUUGUUUUUUUUUUAAGUGUUAUUUUGUAUAAAUGGGAAGAAAGAUUCAGUUAAGUUAUUAACAUUUGGGACCUGGAUAAUUAUAUCAGAGUAUAAGUCAAUCCAAUAAAUUAUUUAACUAAUUAAAAAUAGUUACGAAGCAUUUGAUCUGUGGUUGAGGAAGUGGUAUAAAAGUGCAUCUCUUAGGAAUGAAGCACUUUCAUUAGGAUGGGCUCGUGUCUGAUUAGAAUGUCAGUUGAUCAGCUAGAUUUGUGUCCACACUACCAGUUUCACAAUCCCUUUCCAUCUGUUUGAUACAGUAUUAUAGAUAUAAAUAUAUAUAUAUUUCUCUGUGGCCAUUUGUGAUACUUCCUCAUAUACUUGAAUAUUAUACUUCCUUAUUCACAGUAUCUGUGUCUCCUGCACCCUUUGGUGUUGCAAUUUUAGGUAUGUGAAAGUAGAUGUUAGCAGGGUUCUUUCCCUACUCAAAAAAAAAAAAAAUACAUUAAAAAAGAACAAAAAGUUUUAGCAUGAAGUUGCUUCCUGUAACAACUCAGAGCUGUAACCCUGUUUUAGUGCCAGAUACAAGUCUCUCCCGUGAUGCUAGGAAAAAAUUUUUUUUCUUUGCUUUUACCAACAUGGAGUUUGUGGGGGUGGGUCCAGUUAUACAUUGAAAGGGUUUACAGAUUAUUGGUUUAAGAUUAUGGAUUUAUCUCAUUUUGAAUUAUGGAAUAGUUUGGGUUUUAUUCCUGUAAUCAUUCACAAAACAGACUUCUUAGGAUUUCUUUCUUUUUUUUUUUUUUUUUUUUUUUUUUCCAUUUGCUAAAGUUGAAACUCACAGAGGGAGUUUGGGACAUGUUGCCCCACUCCUCCAAAAAGUUACUGCUAAUUAAAUUACCUGAUAGAAAACAUUUGGCUUUCUUACCCAAAGUAAAGAUCCCUUGACCAGAAAGGACAAAUACAGUAUUUUGAGAAGGUAUAGCUACAAAACAUUUGAGAUACAGAUAUCUAAAUCAGUUUUUUCAGGACUCCCAACAUUGCCCUCUGUAAAGGAACACUAUAUGACUAUUACUUAUCAAAAGGUAAUGUUGGUCUGGCUUAAUAUUGAAUCUAGAAAUCACAAAUGAACUAAUUCCUCUCACAAAUCAUUCAUUUUAGACUUGUGAAUAAGCAAUUUAUAGUCAAUGGCCUGAAUAUGCAAUGAGUUACCAGUCUGGGUGGAUGCUCUUAUGUAUUUUAUCUCUGUUUUUUCUUGCUCGGGGCUGGUAGGUUGGAUAUGAACAGUCAAAGGCAAAUGGUCUGAUAGGUGUUUGAUCUCCGUAAGCCAAUUCCUGAAUAUAAAGGAGGAAAUGAUGAGCAUGGAUGUGGCAAUGAGGAAGUAUAGUAGUAUCUAAGAACACAGCCGAGGGAUACAAAGACAGAGAGACACAGGUACUGCCAUUUUGUGACCACUGGAUAUUGCAACCAAUGUGACUCCCAUCAAAAAAACUCUAGGAGCAAAAUCAUAUCAUUCAUUCUCAACAAGGAGGCUUUACAUAGGCAAACAUGUCUGAAAAUAUAAAUCAGUUAUUUUAUACGGCAGUCAAAAAAUUAGAAACUGCUCAGUAUGACCAUGGAUAUGUCUAUUUUCUGCCUAGUAAGUGCUGUGAUGUGGAUUUGACCAAUCUGAGCAUUUUAUUCAUCAGCUUCCCUUGAAAUGCACCAGAAAAUAAUGGAAGAAAGAAUAGUUAUAUGGAGACUUAAGGUACUUUCUUACAUGUUUGAUAGUGUUAGAUAGUGAUUAAACUUCUCUAGAAAGAAGUUAACAGUUGGUUAGGACAGUCUUGACCCACAAAAUAAGCAUUUUUUUAUCAACCUGGUUUAAAUUUUUUGUAAAACUUAAGAAUAAGUAAUUAUGCUGUACAUAUUAAAAUUCCAUUUCCUACAAAUACUUGCCCCAAGUAAAGAUUAUAUAAAGCACUAAGUUUAACUUAGAUUUGGCAUUAAAACAAAUGUUGAUUUCAAAUCACAGCAAAAUUAUAAUGAAUAAAUGCCCUUCCUUUGUAUGGAAAUGUGAUUCUUUACAAUGUUAACAAAAAGAAACUGAUAAUUUGUACCAAUGGAAGAGGGAAACACACAGGCUAAAUGUCUUCUUAUGGGAAGAGGGGGUGGAACCUAUCUUGCCUUCACUCUCAAGAUUAACGACACAAAUUAAGCUUUUUGAACACCACUCUUGUGGGGAUACCCAUACGCUGAUCUAGAAAUUAAAGCUUCAUAGUUCCAAUUCUAGAUCUACUAAUGCCAGUUUCUCUCUGGCUUUAGCCUUUGAGAACCUGUUUAAGGAUACAUAAGUAAUCCAGAGCUGCGAAGAGUUAAAAGGCCAGCUUCUCCAAUGAACUCACUCUCUUGGGUCACCUGCAACCAAUAAUUGGGUACUUCAUAAUGACACAGGGAAGAUCCAAGUUCCUGAUGAGUUUCAAAGGCCACGUUCAUUUAGGAACCAACUCUCUCUGGAUUCUCCUGCUGAGUUCCAGCAGGGUGAUAGGCUGAAAUCCCACCCACAAGCAAGACACCUGUGUAACACCAACUAGGUUUGGCUAAAGAAGGCUGAAGAGAGAACUCUGUUAAAUGGAAGAAUCUGCUGAUGGUAGCUGGUCUUCUCCACACAGUCAUAUAGUAAUACAGCAGGAAAUAGAAUCAUCAGUCAAAAUAUAACAUCAUGUCGAUAUUGUUAAAGAAAUCAUCUCAAUGUGGUUGAUUGUGACAUUGCUACAAUUACACUUUUUCUCCUAUUUUUCAUGCCACAAAAAUGAGGAAAAUAAACUAUUCAUGGUCUAAGUACCCAAAAAACAAAAAUACAUUCAUGACUUGGAAAGACAAACUUUAGGCAUCCCUUCCAAGAUUGAUGUGCUAAAAUCAACACUGAUGUUUGUGUUUUUACCCCUAGGAUUUUUAGCCUGGGUGUGUAGGUUGAGGCCAAGUCCCUCUGCAGGAAAUAGCUUACUUUUAAACUUAGAAAAUGUCAAUCAUGAAAAUCUACUUCAACUUUAGCAAAAAGAAAAAAAAAUCAACACAAAGUAUACUCUGUAUGCUGGGAUUCCAAGGUUCCAACAUGCCGCUACAAAUCUCUGGGGGGUUUCUUUCUUCUGAUAAUUCUAGAGCCUGUUACCAUAGAAAGGCAUUUCUUCAAUGGCUGGUUGUAGUUAGUUCAUGUUUUUCAAUCAAAAUUUGCAAAUGUAUUUGUUGCUGUAUAGUGAUUGUUUUGCAAAAUAAAAUUGCUUGUCACCUAA